GAGGUGAAGCUUCUCUAUGCGGAGCGAUGUUCUGUAGUGCCCCUAAUGAUAGCAACAUCUGUCGGUCAAUUAUACCACAAGAGUAUUCUCCCUGCGGAUAUAAGGAUUUUCAGUGGUGCGUGGCCGGAUUAUGCGUGAAUAAAACAACAAAUAUAACAUCGGAUGCAGUACGAACUGAAGCCAAUACUACAACCACCGAAGAACCGUCUUCAACUACAGAAGAACCAUCUACAACCACCCAAGAAUCAUCUAGCACUAUACAGGAACAAUCAACAACCACAGAAGAUGCGUCUGUAUCCACACAAGAACCAUCUACAACCACUGACGACUCAUCUACAACAGCACAAGGCCAAACUACAAUCACAGAAGACCCAUAUACAACCACUGAAGAACCAUGUACAAUCACCGAAGAACAAUCUACGACCACCGAUGACCCAUCCACAACAACUGAAGAGCCAUCUACAACCACUAAAGAACACCCUACAGCCACACAAGACCUAUCUAUAACUACUGAAGAACCAUCUACAACCACCGAAGAACAAUCUACAACUACACAAGAACCAUCUACAACCACAGAAGAACAAUCUACAACCACUGAAGAAUCAUCUACAACAACCGAAGAACCAUCUUUAACCACCAAAGAACAAUCUUCAACCGCACAAGAACCAUCUACAACCACCAAUGAUCCAUCCACAACCGCUGAACAACCAUCUACAACCACCGAAGAACCAUCUACAACCACCGAAGAACCAUCUACAACCACAGAAGAUCCAACUACAACCACUGAACAACAAUCUACAACCGCUGAAGAACAAUCUACAACAACAGAAGAACCAUCUACAACCACCGAUGAGCCAUACACAAUCACCGAAGAACCAUCUACAACCACCGAAGAACCAUCUACAACAACAGAAGAACCAUCUACAACCACCAAUGACCCAUCUACAACCACCAAUGAACCAUCUACAACCACCGAUGACCCAUCCACAAACACACAAGAACCAUCUACAACCACAGAAGAACAGUCUACAACCACAGAAGAACCAUCCACAACCAUCCAACUCCCAUCCGCAACCACAUACAACACAGCUACAACUACCAACAGCCCAGCUACACAGACCACAUCUGUAACUAUGACAACAGAUGCUGCAACAACUUCUUCAACUUGUCUGUCGUACCUUAAGACCAACAUCUUGGCUUACUUCAUAUUUUGUCUUUCUAAUCAACAAACAACCAAAUCCACGGUAGUCACGACAACAGCAUCAACAACAUCACCUACAGCAACCACUGCGAUGAAGAUGACAGCACCAACCGCAUCAAUAAUGGCAACCACGGCGCUAAAGACAACGGCAUCAACUAUAGCAACAACAGCAACAGCAGCCACUGAAGGGACGACAACAGUCACCAAUGCUCCACCCAUGCUAGCAGCCCUACCCGCUUUACCCUGCUUACAGUACUUGAAGAAGAACAUUCUGCAGUACAUGAUUUGCACACAGUGA